AGGCUUUACAAUUGUUAACAGUUAUUGUUGAUAGUGUUCGAAGUGAAAUUGAUAAAUGGAAACGUCUUUCACGACAAAUUGUCGAUGUACUUCUUGUUCAUUUACAAUCACAUGCUACUAUUGGUUCAUCUAAGGGUCAAGCAAUUUUGGAUAUUUAUUCAACACAAUUAACAUUAUUUGAUGUUGUAUCAUCAGUUGCAUUACGACCAAUUGAUCCAUUUAUUGUUGCUUUUCGAACAUUAGCAAAUAGACAUGAUAUCAAUCGUCAAACUAUAAAUCGAUGGUUAAUGAAUAUAAAUAUAAUUCUUCGAUGUCUUGUACAAAAUUCAACUGAAGAUGCUAUAUUGACACGAUGGAAUGAUGCUUCAUCAUCAAUUAAUGAAACACGUGAUGAAAGUUUUAGUGCAGCUCUUCUUCGUAUUUUACAUGAUAUAAUAUUACGACUUUUAACUAAUACCCGACAAUUACGUGGUCAAAUUGAUAUGACAUUAGUUACUCUUGCAUCCGAUUAUCUCUAUUUACUUAUGCAUAUCAUGGAAAAUGCUAAACAAUUUCGAACAAUUGUAAAUGAUUUUCGUCAAUUAUUAAUUCAUGAUGAAACUGAUGAAACAGUUCAUCGUCUUGAUACAUUUUCAUAUUUAACUAUAUUAAGUGAAUAUUUUAAAUUACUUUCAUCAUUUUAUAUACCAUUAUUAUUACAAUGGACACAUAUUCUUAAUAUGCUUGAUUAUACACAAGAAGCAUGGUGGUCAUCAAUGUUAUCAAUAUUAACACCAUCAUCAUUAAUAACACAUUUAUCAAUAAGUGGUCAAUUACAAUCAUAUUGUGAUUUAAUAUGUCGUCAUGAAUUAUAUGUUGAACAUUUAACAUCAAUAAUAACACAUCAUCAAUUAUUAUAUUUUUUAUUUGAACAAAGUGAUACAUGUACACAUGUACAUAAUUUAUUUGGUCUUAUACAUCGUACAUCUGUUGCAAGUCAUUUAUUUGUUGAAUCAAUAUAUACAAAUUGGGAUAAUUUAUUAAAACGAAAUAAAAUUUUAUUAUCAUUAAAAAUUCUUCGUACACUUGAAGGAAUACAUUUAGAUGAAAGUGGUCUUUUAUUAGUUUUAUUAAUUGAACAAUUUCUUACAUUACCAUAUAUAUCUAUAUUACGUUUAGCUGAAUUAAUUGUUUGUCGUCGUAUUGAAAUGAUGUUAACACUUGAUGAACAAACAUUAAAUAAACAAUUAUUACCGAAAUAUUUACCAGCAAUUUUACAAAUAUUAUCAACAUCAAAAAAUAAUAAUGAUAAUAAUAAUAAUGAUAUGAAAUCAAAUGAACAUCUUUGGGCACUUAUACAACGUUUAAUUAGUAAAAUGAAUUAUACAACAACAAUAUCAAUGGAUAUUAUUCAACAAGAUUUUAAUAAUCUUAAUUGUAAUGAUGAAGAUUUUAUUCUUAAUUGGAUAAAAAAAGUUCAUUGUCCAAUGGAUAUAACACCGAAAAUUUAUGCUCAAAUGCUUAAAAUUGUAACUUAUAAAAAAUUAUUACCAUUUAUGAUGUCACCGGAUUUCGUAUGGUUAUCAAUGCCUCAUUGUCUUAUACUUGGUAUUAAUAUUCCAUCAUUAUGGCGUGCAUCAACAAAAAAUCAUAUUGAAUUAACAUGUCAAUUUUCAUCAGGUGAUACACGUGAUUUAUUACGUUUUAUAAUAUUUAUAACAGAAAUAAUUUAUAUAAAUAUAUUUCAAAAAAAAUCUUUUCUUAGUUGGAAUUUAAUUGAAAGUUUUUUUCGUUGUUUAACUAAAACAAUACAUAAUCCAACAUCAAUUAUAUAUCAAUUACUUAGUGCAACAGAUCAAAUAAUAUCAUGUUGUACAUUAUCAAAAACAAUACUUUCAAUAUUUGAAUAUCUUUUUCAACGACAUGGUUUAAUUAUAUCAAAUAAACAACAAACAAAUCAAUUAUUACAAUCAUAUUUAAAUUUAAUUGAACCAGAUAAUCGACCAUUUACACAAUUGUUACUAUUAUCAUUUAAUGAUCUUGAUCGUCUUUAUUAUUUAACAAAAAAAAUUAAAUUUAUACCAUAUUUUUAUCGACAUGAUUUACGUCGAAUAGCUAUAUUAUUAUUUCGUUUACCUAUAUUUAAUUCAUUUAUACGUAUACCAAAACAAUUUUGGGAACAACAUUAUCAAGAUAUAAAUAAAUUACAAUUUGGUUUAAAUGAUUAUUGUUUAUCAACAUUUCCUGUUGAUUUAUUACAACAUUCAGAUAUAAUGGCUGAUUAUAUUGAACGUAUAUCAUUUGUUGGUUGGUUAUCAAGAACACAAUUUCAAGAAAUAUGGGUCUCAUUUUUAGGUUCAAUUAAUCCACCAAAUCAACAUAAUAAUGAAAAUGAACAAACAACAAAUAAUUUAACAAAAGAAGAAAUUUUAGAAACAAAUGCAACACAAUGUGUAUGGAUUCGUGGUGUAACAACAUUUUUAUUAAAUGCUCUUCGAAUCAAUUGUACAGGAAAUCCAGCUGAUAUGACAUUUGAACAUCGAUGCCGAAAUAAAUCUGUUCCAUUUUUAUUAGCUGAUAUUGGUAGUCAAUAUAUGCAAACACGUUCAACAUUAGAAACAAAUUCAAGUGAUUUAUUUAUAAAUCUUGAACGAUUAGGUUCACGUGAUUUAUUAUCCUAUGGGCAACUUUCAUAUGAUACUAUAUUAACAUCAAUUCAAAGUAAUAAUACAUUACCAUUACCACCAAAUAGUUUAUUCGAUCGUUUAUUUUCUCGUCAUGGUCUUGAUUUAACUUCUUCAUUACAAAUUUUAAUUGAACUUUAUGUUCGUUGGUUAACAACAAAUUCAAAUAAUUUAUGUCUUCAAUUAAAAUAUGAACUUAUACGUUCAUUUAUAUAUCUUUCUGAUUUAUUUACAUCAUCUCAACAAUUAUCAAGUUUAUAUGAUUUAUGUGAUGAUUAUAUUCGUACAUGGUUUGAUGAAGAUGAUUUAAUGAUAUCAUUAAUAAGUUAUGGUUUAUGUAAAUCUGGUAUACUUCUUGGACAAACAACAAAAGAAUAUAAUGAAUUAUAUAUACGUUUAAUUGAACGUAAUUUUAAAUUAAUAACAAAAACUCAUGCAUAUGCAUCAUGUUUAUUUUUACUUGAAAGUCGUGAAGAUGAUUUAAAUAAAUUUCUUAUACCAAUAUUAAUACAAGAAUUAACUAAUGAUAUACAAAAUAAUUCAUUAAGAUAUAAUUUAGAUAUACGUUUAAUUGGUUUUAUUUUAGCAAAUUUAUUUUAUUUAAUUGAAAAUAAUUUAUUAAAUUCUUAUGAUAUUUUAUUAUCAUUAUUUAAAGAUGAUAUAUUAGAUAUAAAUGAUAAUUUAACACAAAAAAUUAUAUCAAUUGGUCUUGAAAGACUUUUAAUGCUUGGACAAUAUCCUAAAAAUGAUAUAUGGCGUUUAUAUAAACGUUCAAUAACAAUAUUACGUCAAUCAUCAUGGUUAAAUAUUGAUCAUCUUGUUUUAAUACUUGCACGUAUAUAUACAUUAUUACAACGAACAAAUGAAAAUACAAAUCAAUCAAAUAAUGAACAUACAAAUGAAGAACAAGAAAUGGUUGAUGGUUCAUCAAUAACAUCAUCAUCAGAUAAUAUACUUAUUGAACUUGUUGGAGAAUUAUAUGAACGUACAAAACAAUCAUCAACAUUACCAUAUGAAGCAUUACUUUUACUUCGUCCAUUACCAUUAUUACUUGCACAUAUUGGUUUAUCGGAUCGUUUAAUGAAUAAAAUGGUUUUAGAAUUUGCUGCAUCAACACAACAAUUAUAUCCUCAAAUACUUGCCUAUACUGUUUUUGCUGUUUUUCGUGCUUUAAUUAACGCACAUUAUUCAGCUAAAGUUAAUGAAUGGACAUUAUUAUCAAUGACAAGUAUUGCACAAAGAAAACCAAUACGUAUGGCUAUAUGGGGAUUAACUUGUCUUAUGUUAAGUGCAUGUCCAUCACAUACAAUUGCUGAUGCCUUGUUUCCAUUGACGUUAUCACGUUUCAGCGCUCGUUUUGAAGAAUUAGACAAUCGUUUAUUUCUUCUUGCUGGUCGAGAAUAUUAUUUACAGUUAACGAAUAUUGAACAACGACGUCAAUUUGAACAAGCAUUCACAAAUGAAUCGAAUACAGAAAAAUUAUAUGCUGAUUUACUUGCACAUAUUCAAGAUACGAUCUUACCAUCAUCUUGA